GACACCUCAAUAUACACACCGUCUUCUUCUCCAAAACCCUCUCUCGGUGCCUGAGACCGAAACACCGAGUCCGGAAACAAUGACUCACUCACCUAUCGCCUACUUAGUUCCACUGAGUCCAAAUCUCGAAGAAAACGCUUCAAUCCCUAAACUCCCUCUCUCCAACGGCCAAAACACCAUCGGCAGGAACGACAUUUCGGCCUCCGAUAAAAGACUCAGCCGUAACCACCUCUCCCUAACCCUAUCCCUAACCUCAUCCACUAUAACCGUGGAGGGGACUAAUCCGGUGGCCGUGGUUAAAUCGGGGAAACGGAGGAGGAAACUGAGAGCCGGAGAGAAAGCGGAGAUAAUUCACGAUGAUAUUAUUGAGUUAAUCCCUGGUAAUUAUUUUUAUAAGUACGUGUUAAUUACUCCUAAUAGUAAUUUACAGAAGCGAGGUUGUUUCGAGGGAAGAGAAAAUGGUAUAGGUGAGAGCAAGCGGAAGAAGAUUCGAGAAGGGAUUAGUAGUAGCUCAAAGGUUGAGAUGGAAAGUGGUGGACCGCCGACGAAUUGCGAGGAGGAGGCGAUUAGGGAUUUUGGUGUUUCGGAGGAUGAAUUGGCGUUGACAUUUCGGCUUUUGAGAGUGAAAGAGUUGCCAGCUUGGGCUAAUACGUCUUGUGUUUCGAUAAAUGAUGUGAUUAAGGGAGAUAUACUUGUUGCUAUACUUUCGAAUUACAUGGUGGAUAUGGAUUGGUUACUGUCUGCAUGUCCAACAAUUGCAAAAGUUCCUAAUGUCAUGGUUAUUCAUGGGGAGGGUGAUGGUACAUUGGAGCAUAUGAAGAGAAGGAAGCCUGCAAAUUGGAUUCUGCACAAACCCCGGCUACCCAUUUCAUUUGGGACACACCAUUCAAAGGCUAUGUUUCUUGUCUAUCCUCGAGGAGUGCGAAUUAUUGUACAUACAGCAAAUUUAAUAUAUGUUGACUGGAAUAACAAAAGCCAAGGUUUGUGGAUGCAAGAUUUCCCUUGGAAGGAGGAGAAGAAGCCUGGAAAAGGAUGUGGAUUUGAAAAUGACUUGGUUGAUUAUCUUAGCAUGUUGAAGUGGCCUGAAUUUACUGUAAAGUUACCAAACCUUGGGAGUAUUAGUAUCAAUGCAUCCUUUUUCAAGAAAUUUGAUUAUAGCCAUGCAGCGGUCAGGUUAAUUGCAUCUGUUCCUGGAUAUCAUACUGGUGCCAAUCUAAGGAAGUGGGGACAUAUGAAGCUACAAAGUGUUCUUCAAGAAUGCACCUUCGACAAUGAGUUUAAAAGGUCUCCUCUUGUUUAUCAGUUCUCUUCCCUUGGUUCUUUGGAUGAAAAGUGGAUGAAUGAACUGGCCAUUUCAAUGUCAUCCGGAUACGCUGAAGAUAAAACACCUCUUGGUCUUGGAGUGCCUCAAAUAAUAUGGCCUACUGUAGAGGAUGUCAGAUGCUCCUUAGAGGGUUAUGCAGCUGGAAAUGCUAUUCCAGGCCCACUAAAGAAUGUUGAGAAAGGAUUUUUGAAGAAGUAUUGGGCUAAAUGGAAGGCUUCCCAUUCUGGCCGCUGUCGGGCGAUGCCUCAUAUAAAGACUUUCACUCGCUAUAACGGCCAGAAACUUGCUUGGUUUUUGCUUACUUCAUCAAAUCUUAGCAAAGCAGCCUGGGGGGCUUUGCAGAAGAAUAAUUCUCAGUUGAUGAUCCGUUCGUACGAGCUGGGAGUGCUCUUUCUACCAUCUUCCAUAAGAAGAUAUGGUUCUGGAUUUUCUUGCACAAGUAAUGGAGGUCCAUCCAUGGAUAAUUGUGGAUCAUUAGCUGAUUCUGAAGAGCUGAGAACAACACUAGUGACUCUGAAAUGGCAAGGAACAAGCGAUUCGGCAUCCAAAGUGAUUCCAUUGCCAGUGCCUUAUGAACUCCCUCCUAUACCAUACAGCUCAGAAGAUGUUCCCUGGUCUUGGGACCGGCGCUAUAGCAAGAAGGAUGUUUACGGCCAGGUUUGGCCAAGGACCGUACAGCUUUAUACUUCUCAGGAAUAGUAUAACAUACAUCAUCUGUUCGUUUACCGUUCUCCUUGCCUUCAACCAUAAAGGGCUUUACCUCUCUGUAAAUAUUGUUAAAGCCAAGGGGAAGAGGUUCAUUUUCUUUUUUCAUUUUUAAUGUAUAUCUGGAUUUUUUAUGUUUGAUGCAUAGCUCUUAAUCUCAACAUGCAUGAUUAAGCA